AUGGGAAUGUCUGCUGGUGGUAAAAAGAAGAAACCCAGUAAAGCUGAAAGGCUGAGGCUCCAGAGAGAAGAGGAAGAGAGAAGAUUGUUUGAGGAAGAGCAAGCACGAAUCCGUGCUGAGCUAGAAGAAGCUGCAAGGCUUGAAAAGGAAAGGAUCGAAAGAGAGAAGAGAGAACGCUUGGAAGCCAAGGAUCAAGAACGCAGAGGGGUUGAACUUGCUGAACUUGCUGUUCUCGAAGAAAGCUUUUUAACCGCAAGCCAAUGUAAGGCUAAAUUUAGAGCUCUUGCAAAGUGGGAACACUACACUGGCUGUGAUGGAACUCCAGACCCAAUGAUUCUGCAGGAAAUCAAUACUUUCAUGAGCCUAUGGAAGGAGGAUACCAACAAUGAUAUCUUUACCAUUAUUGAGAAAGGCAACAGGGUAUUGGAUUUAAUUGACAAAUUAGAAAUGUGUAUACUGGAUACACCUUUCCAUGAGCUGUCUCCAAAAGAUGUUACUCAAUACCACGAAACCAUUUUGCAACUCCAGGCACUUCUGCAUCACAAGUACAAUGAGGCAACGGAACAUCUGCUAAAGCAAGCCAGCAGUUAUGCAGAAUCUGAGAGCGGAAACAUGGAAGUUGUCAUUAAAAGGCAGAACAUCACGCUAUGUGUUUGGGCAAACCUCAAGAAGAAUCCAAAGUUCCGCAGCCAGUGCUUUUAUGAUGACCAGAAGAAGCCGUGCAAUGGGUUUGACCUCCCCAAACCACUGGCCAUUUGUGAUGUUGCUGUACGCAUCUUGCACACCCAUUAUGACCACGUUUCCCCCUCUCAGGCGUACCCCAAAGAGCCGCCCGCACUGGAAAUGCCAAUACAAAAACCAGUGACUCCUGUGAGCAGUGUGGAAGCGAAAGCCACAAAGAGUCAAAUGAGUCCAGCCAAUCUGGAGACCCGGUCAGAGCACUCCACAAUUAGAAGCAAGAGUGCGACUUCUGUUUUCAUCGAAGAAGUGAAAAGUUCUGCGGUUGAGACUGAAAACACAGAAUAUGCUACGGAUAAGAGCUCCAUCCUCCUUCAAACAGUUUCUAGAGUUCAUGUUUCAUCUCUAUACUGCCCUAGUAUCCGUGAACUGGAGCCGAUGGAAGAAUAUAUUGUGGAUUUGCACCAGUUUAUGCCAGUGGGUGGCAUAUACCACUUUGACGCACUGAAACUCCCUCCUCAAGCCAAACAUGUUAAAGGGUGGACAAUGGUGGAAGUGCUGGAUACAGGGUUAGAGUUCUGCCCCUACACUGCUGUAUGUGAAGAAAAUGAAGAUCCUUCUAAUUUGACCGUAGGAAUCACGGUCCGGUUGCUUGACAGUGUGAUCUUCUUUGAAGAGCCGCUGAUUGCAAGGUGGAAUCCUGCAGCAAAGUCCUGGCGAACCGAUGACAUUGGAGAGGUGGUCUACAACAUGCAAGAGAAGGAGAUCGCUUUCAAAAUGAAUGGCUUCUUCACCAUAACCUUACUCCAGGACGCUCACCUCAACAUGCCCUACCAAUCCUGGGAGCUUCGGCCCAGUGGCCUGGAUGAAGCUGCUUUCUGCGUCCUCACCACCUUUGCUGAGGUCCAGAUUGACAUCAAGGCCAACCAGUGUAUGCUUGCUAGCAUCACCACAAAUGAAGACACUGAUCUCCUCGCCAAUAUCAGAGGGAAAUGGAUGACUCCACUGUCCCUCAUCUUGGCUGUGAAGCGGGCUGGAAUGAAUAUCUUCCCGGCUGAUUAUUCCCCCAAAUAUGUCAGUGUGAAUAACAAGUCACUAACAGCAGAAGUCACGACUUAUCAGCAAAUGGCUCUUGUUGCAUCCUCUUUUGCCUUCAGCUGGAGCAAGUGGAAUUUGGAGAGUGGAGAGGACAAUGUGGUCUUUAAGGCCUGUGAACACCUGGCCCAAGAACCAAUCAAGGAAGAUGACUGGGCCCUUUAUAUGUUCAGUGGGCAAAGAGCUCAGAGGCUGGAGAUUACAGAGGAGAGUGAGGCCUUCUCCAAUAAUAUUGCCGAAGACACAGAAUUCCACUCCACUCUUUACCAUUUGAUCAAAGAUGCCAGCAGCGUGGAAGGGAUGGAGAGAGUCAGCAAAACCCACUACCUUUUCAUAGACACCGUGUACCAGCUUCUGCUUGCUACCAGGGUGCUAACAUACUCUUAAGACACCAUGUUGCUACUUAAGAACUUUAUUGAGUUGAGGACCCUCCCGUCAAUAAAACAAGACAUACAAAUCUGCGACAGGAUCACAUUUCAGACAUAUUUUUUUAAAAAAUAAAUACCUUUCACUUAAAGCCAUUUAUGACAACCCUCUCCUGAGGAUUUCUUCACACAUAUUUUCCAACCUCUUCAAGUAGGAUC